AAAUACGUUAGACGGCAUCGAGACAUCGUAGAGUAAACACGCGGCUACGUAGUUUCCAUUCGGAAUAUUUUCCUCACCCGUUCACGACCGGCAGAUAAACGGACGAAACUUCGUUUUUGGCGGUGCGUCCAAAUGUGCCCAUCUGAGAGGCAGUCGGUCGGAAGAUUUAUUUUUAAUUUUGCUUGAAGCGUACCAACAGCAUUAACGGAGCAUUGCAUUAUUAGCGGCGCGCAAGUUUUGAAUCACGUUGGAAAAUUGAAGGCGAAAUUAUCGCGCACCAAAGCUGCUCUCUGUUCAACUGAAUGACGGUCCGUUAUUGAUGGUUGCAAGUCUGGAGUGAAGAAGAUUAUUUUCGUAAUUAAUUAAUUACCUUCGCGUAUGCGUACGUUUUUUUUUUGUUUGGUUUUGCAUUUUCAAGCUUGAGUGUUAUUCUGUGGGAGAAACUGUGAAGUGUUCGAAAAGAUUUUCUCUCGGCUGGUGCUGAUGCACCGCGAAGAAUCUGGGUUAAUUUGUUGAUUCAGUGUGAACUCAGCUGUCGAAACAAACGUUGGCCAGAAAUUUGUUGGCCAUGCAGCCAGAAGAGUACGAAAACACCGGUUGGCUGUCAUACUUCAGCCGGCAUAAAACGACCUACACGGCUGCCGACAUUCACAAAAUCAGCAACGAAUUGAACAACGUUCGGAAGAAUCUAACCGCUACCCAAUACGCAUACGGUGAACUUAGCAGUGAACUGAAGGCCUUGAAAAGUAUCCAGGAACAGCGUCUUAGUGAGGAAUAUGAACGAGCCAGUAGUAAAUCUAAUACAUCCAAGACCGAGAAGCGGUUGUCUCAGCAAACAGAGGAAAUAAAGUUUCUCAAAAACGAAUUAACAGCCUGUAAAAAUGAUCUAUUAAAACAAAUUAAUACGUUAAAAGUGAACGUGAGUGAAACCGCGAAGAAGAAAAUGAAAUCUGGUCACAUGCCGACGGGUGCUUCUCUGAACAUUGAAAGUAGAAUUAUAGCACUAGACGCUCAGCUGGACCAGCUGGCCGGUGAAAACAGGGACAAAAUUAAUGCACUUGAGAGUCGAGUGAAUCAGCUGGAACAGCAGCACGAGCGAGAAUGUAGUACCACUCUGAAGAAGCUGGAGGCCUCGACCACUCGCAAGAUAAAGGAAUUUAGUAAUUUGCUAGUGGAUCUUCAACGUAAGUUGGAAAUCAGUGAGACCAAGCUAGACGAACAGAUCCGAAAUCAGUCAAUGAGUCAGGAUGCCAUCUACGAGGAGCUGGACCAACGGAUGGAUGUGUUUUCGGCCAAGCUACGGGAUAUGCACGCUAGAAUUACACGCCUCGGACAGAGGGAUGACAUCGGGUCAACUUUCGUGUAAAGUUGGAUGGCAAACGUAUUAUAACGAAGGUGAGAUACAUUUACCUGUACUAAUUUUAGUGUUGACGUUAUCCACCAUAGUAGGAGCAAGCGAGCUAGAAAGUUACACCACCACCGCGCAUCAGGAUUUGCAGCGUCAUGACCUGCACCAUCACGACCUACAUCAUCACGAUA